CAUUUCACGCUUGAGUGAUUUCAUGGCUGCGCCCAUGUCAGAAGCCGAUAACUCAGAAUACAGACGGCAAAAUAUCGAGGGCUGACGUGUCAGUUUUUUCAAAAUGGCACAAGUACCUUCAUAUCUGAGAGCGAAGGGCCGAGGGAGGGGAAGAGGCAACUACUCAAGCGGAAUGGAAAAUACCCAUAAUGCUGCUGCACCAGGGAAAAAUACAAAUAAUACAAGUAAACCACGCAGUGCAGAGGAGAAGUUCCUACAGGCCAGCACGGCCCACCAGCAGGCAAUUCAGCAGCACAUCCAGCCGGAAGACGAGGAAGAUGAAGAAGAGGAAGACAUCGCUGAUGACAUCAUCAACACUGUGUUCAAGUCAUACUCUUCCAUGAGUGUCAAUGAAAAUGACACCAAUGGAGUGCAAGACACAGCUCAACAAGACUUGGUACACUCGUACCGAUCCAGCUCCUCAGCUUGUCUGAUCUGUAUAGAAACCAUUAAGAAGACUGAUGCAAUCUGGAACUGCGGAGGUUGUUAUGCAAUGUUCCACAUGCAGUGUAUCCAGAAGUGGGUACGUGAAGGUAUAUACCAGCAUGCCUACAAAUCUCCAGAUGGGGAAACCCCUAGCAAGGACAUUCCUUGGCACUGUCCUAAAUGUAGAACAGAGUACCAGCAGAAAGACUGUCCUACAAAAUACAUCUGCUUUUGUGGAAAAGAAGCCAACCCAAUGUUUGACCCCUGGCUAGUGCCCCACUCCUGUGGGCAGACAUGUGGCAGAAACCUGAAGCCGGAAUGUGGACACACCUGUCUCCUCCUGUGUCAUCCAGGAGCCUGUCCCCCUUGUCCUAAGACGGUGACCGUGUCUUGCCACUGUGGUAAACAGAAACCUCGGGUCGUACGCUGUAGUGCCAAGCAGUGGUCCUGUGGUAAGCCGUGCGGGAGGAAGCUGUUGUGUGGACAUCACAACUGUCAACAACCGUGCCAUACAGGUGAUUGCGCUCCUUGUCCUAAAACGAGCAAGCAGCCAUGUUACUGUGGGAAGGAAGUGACCACACGGCCGUGUGCCAGUCCAGAGUGGCAGUGUGAUCAGCCAUGUGGCAGAAAACUUUCCUGUGGAAACCAUCUCUGUGAAAAGAUAUGUCAUAAGGAAAGUUGUGGCCCUUGCCCAAGAUCUGGGGAUAGAACUUGCCCGUGUGGGAAAACAAAUUACAACUUGCCGUGUACUGAAGAUGUACCGACUUGCGGAGAUACUUGUGGAAAACUGUUGGAUUGUGGGAUACAUACAUGUUCACAACGCUGCCACACUGGCAAUUGUGGAUCCUGCCUUCAGUUAGUGACUAAAACCUGCCGGUGUGGACAAAAGCAAAAGGAGGUUCUGUGUUCCAAGCAAUAUCUGUGUGAGACUAAGUGUUCAGCCAUGCGAGACUGCAACAAACACCAGUGUAAGAGAAAGUGCUGUGAUGGAAACUGCCCAAGCUGUGAACAAGUUUGUGGGAAGUUAUUGAGUUGUAAAAACCACAAGUGUGCAAGUGGAUGCCACAGAGGCCCGUGCUAUCCGUGUCCAUUGACUGUACAGAUCACCUGCUUCUGUAAGGCCACUCGUAUCACUGUGCCCUGUGGGAAGGAGAAGGUCACUCGUCCUCCCAGGUGCAACUACCCAUGCAGGAAACCCCCAAUUUGCCACCACUCUAGUCAGAUUCCCCACCGCUGUCACUUUGGAGACUGUCCCCCGUGUGGACUGGUCUGUGGGAAGCAGCUGGGGGGAUGUCCUCACAGCUGUCCCGCCCGGUGUCACUCCGCAGUCAGGACCAUCAUCAAAGACAAUGCUGUGAGAGCGGGCCCCUGGGAAGCACGGCCAUUGGUGAAGGAAGAGAUCGUGUGUAAGCCAUGUCCCCCCUGUCAGGUUCCCAUCCCCAAGCAGUGCAUAGGACUCCAUGAGAUUUCAAAAUUUCCAUGUUCAGAAGUCCGAGAUUAUUCCUGUGGGAGAAAGUGUGGCCGGAAGCUGGACUGUGGUAAUCACACCUGUUCAAAGGAGUGUCACCUGGUCACUAAUGCCCCCGACACAGAUCAGCAUGGUACCAACUGUGAGGAGUGUGAGGCAGGCUGUCAGAAGCCCCGCCCCGAGGGCUGUACUCACAGCUGCCCCACCAUGAAGUGCCACCCCGGCCCCUGCCCCCCUUGUAAACAGAUGCUGCGCAUGAGGUGCCACUGUCAGAUCAGUGUGCAGCAUGUCCAGUGUGAUGACUGGAUCAAGAACCGGGAGAAACGGGAGUCCCUACAGUCGUGUGGGGGAGAGUGUCCAAAGCUGAUGCCUUGUGGCCAUCCUUGUGGUGCUGUGUGCCAUUCUGGGGAAUGUCCUAACAUUGGGAAAUGUGAGAAAAAGGUGUCAGUCCGUUGUAAAUGUCGCCGCAAGAAAAAGGACUUCUUGUGUAAAGAGGUCAAGGGCGGGAAGAAGCUGGAAUGUGACGACAUAUGUCAGCAAGAAAAGGAACGCAAGAAAAAGUCAGAAGAAGAGAAGGAGAAACUGAAGAAAGAGGAAGAGUUAAAAAAGCAACAAGCCGAACUAGAAGAGUACGAACGGAAGACGAAGGGUCGUAAAAGACGUCAGCAGAAAGGAGACCAGGAGGUGCAGGAGACGCCAUCUUUUCUACAGAGGAAUAGCAAGAUCCUGUUUGUGUCUGUGACUGUAGCUGUGCUGGCAGUGUUUGCUUUUUACUUACUCAGUCAAUGACAACCCUAUUACAGCUUACUGAGAUGUUUAGAUUUGUACUUUUAAUACCAAAGUUAUACUUGUACAUGUAUUUCUCUUCUUCAAGAUGUAAAUUUUCCUACCAUUGUUAUUAAAAGUGGUAUAAACUCAGAAGUAUUAAAUUUAUUGGUUUACAUUUAUGUCUGAACCUGUCCAUUGUCAACAUCAUGAAAUGGGGCUUAAUUAAAAGUACAUUGCUUGAUAUCUGUUGUAAACUCACAUUUUGGAACAAGCUAUUAAUCUUAGGGAUUGCCUUGUUUGAAAGUGUAAAUAUCUGCCACUCAUGAACAUGACUGAUUUAUAUUUCUUUUCUUAUAUGGUGAAGGACUCUGAAUCGUGAAAUCUUACAAUUGGAUAUGAAAAUUGUCAUACAAUGCAUAAUUGUUUGUAAAUCAAUGCUUUGCAACUGAAAAUUGUUAAUUUGACAACAUUGUGCCAUUAUUUGAUUUGCAAUACUGUAUUAGGGUUAUCUGUAUAUCAUUUAAAACAGGUCAUAUCAGGUAAUAAGAUCAACAGCUACUUACCUGUUUAUGUUUCUCAAAUUGUAGGGAAACAAUUAUAAAAUCAAUUUGCCAUCAUUUGUAUUGUUUAGCAUCAAAGAUUUAGUAAUUUGAACUUGUAUGUACAGUUUCACCAAAUGUAGAUUUGAAAAUGAGAUUGCAUUAAAUUUAUUAAUUAAUUUUAAUUUAUUAAAGACAGAUUUUAAAAAUCUCUUAAUUAGAUAUACACCCAUGUUUGAAAGUGUUCAUAAUUACUACAUUAUUAUCUGAGUUCUGGUGCUCUUCUUCAAUAAUUUGUGUCCAUAUCACUUACUGUUUUGUUUACAAUAUUGUUUUCGCAUGUUUGAAAUGCAAGCUAUUUUAUGUGUCCUUACCUACAAUUUAUGAAAAAAAAAUUGAACCAUUUUAAUGUGCAUUCUCACUUUUGAUUCAUAUACAUGUAUUGAUUUGAUGAUAAUAUUCAAAAAGAAAAUUAGAUUGAAAAUGGAAAUGCUCACAAGUUCAACAUGCUUUGUUCAGCAUUAGAACUUUUAACUUUCGGUAGUAAAGAUAGAGUUGAAGGGAUAAUGCAGGAAAGCUUACUUAAAAGAAAAUUUGUGAUGGAUAUGUUUCAAAAGAUAAUUGACAGAAAUAUUAAGUGUUGUAAACUUAUCUUUGUAUUCUAAAAUGUGUGUGUCCUAAUACUCUUGUUAUUAUUUAAUGUCCAUCAGUUUUAGUGCCAACAUUCCGCGGGUGAGGCCUGGGUGUAGUGUCAUGGAUACCUCAUCUCAGUACAUGUAUUUGUUAUUUGUAAGCCAAUGUUAAUUAAAUAUAUCAACUGUUGGAUGUUGUUGUUAUCUGGACUUCAGUAUAUGAAAUACAUAUGCGAAUAAAGAAUUUGUCUAUUCAUGCAAGA